UGACGGUCAACGAUGUUCGCGGCUGGCUGUGGACAUCCGCUCGUAGCCGACUUGUCGAAAUGGUUAAGAAUGUGAGCCAGUGUGAACUAACUGCAAUCACCUAACCGUUGCCGCUAGUGACGAACGCGCGCACCUAGGAUCGCGACGCAGGAGUUCGCGCGCGAUUUGCAUAUUCAAAAUUCGAACACUGCGAAUAUAACGUUACGAACUGAUGUUUAUUUAAAAAUAUAAAAAAAGAACGUUUAUUUUUUUUUGUUUUAAUAAGAUUUAUUUGAUUAGACUGACUUUGUAAUAGGUUAAGAAAACGCAAGGGCCACUGCAAAUGAAGCCUAAGUGAAGUGUGAUGAUAAUAGGUUGUGAAUAAAUUUAAAUUAAAAGAUACGCGUGACGUAGUCAUGGCUGUGGAUAGCAAAAAUGCGGACAAUAACAAAACUGCUGAUAAAACUCUUAAUGUUAAUGGUGGUGACUUAAAUGGAACUAAUGUAAUUAAAAAUCGUUUUAGUAAAACUAAAGAAUUCGAUAAUAUGACAAACAUAAAGUUGGAUAAAGAGCAUGAAAGUAACAAAAAUGAAAAAGUUGAAGAAGAAAGUUGGGAAGGACUAAGUCAUUUUCAAAAGUUAAGACGUAUGAUCUCUCUUAUUACUGUGGAACCUAUUCUGGCUUGUUAUGUGAUGCCCUCAGUUUUGUCUGUGCUUGCAACACAAAAUCUUUAUUUAGAAAAAGCCUGUAGAGUAAACCUCCAAUUUGAUCACCAUAUUUGUGAUGCUUUGACUCGAAGAGAAACAGCUAAUUUUACUGCAGAAGAAGAAGCUGUACAAACGUUAGUCGCAUCAGUAACUGGUUGGAAGACUGUACUGCAGUCAUUCUUGCCAUGUGGAAUCCUAAUAUUUCUUGGGGCAUACAGUGACAGAGUGGGACAGAGAAAGAUAUGUAUGCUUUUACCUAUCAUUGGCGAAUUCCUGACGAGUAUAGGCUUGAUUGUGAAUACUUAUUUUUUCUACGAACUACCUGUGGAAGUGGCGGCUGUGACUGAAGCUAUAUUUCCUGCAUUAACUGGUGGCUGGUUUACCAUGUUUAUGGGAGUGUUUAGUUACAUAGCAGAUAUAACUACGGAGGAACAAAGGACGUUGAGGAUAGGCAUUGUGAAUCUGUUUCACUCUGUAGGUGUGCCAGUAGGAGCAGCUCUUAGUGGAAUAUUGGUGCGAAAAAUUGGCUUAUAUGGUGUGUUCUCUGUUAGUGCGACGUUAUACGUUUUGAGUUUCAUCUACUGCUUCGUGCGCAUCAAAGAAGUGAAGAAGUCCGACACGUCUGUGAAAUCAGCGGCCAAUCUGUGCGAAUGGCUGCGGAAUUUCUUCGACACUCGUUACGUGAAGGAGACGGUGAUGGUGACCUUCAAGCAAGGACCGAACAACCGGAGACUGAGGGUCACCAUGCUGGUGGUCGUGAUGUGCGUUAUCAUUGGACCUAUCUAUGGUGAGAUGUCAGUAAUGUAUCUGUUCACGAGAUACAGGUUCAAUUGGAACGAGGUGGACUUCAGCAUGUUCUCUACUUACUCCAUGUGUACUUCAUUAGUAGGUACUUUAUUUUCGGUCGGUGUAUUUAGUCAUUUACUGAAAUUUGAUGAUGCCAUCAUUGGUGUCAUUUCGUGUACGAGUAAGAUUCUGGCUGGCGUUAUGUACGCCUUUGCUACAAAGACUUGGCAUAUUUAUAUAGCUCCAUUGAUAGAAGUAUUUAACGGAACGUCAUUUAUUGCAAUGAGGUCAAUGGUCUCCAAAUUAGUGGACAGAGAUGAAUUGGGCAAAGUAAAUUCCUUCUACGGUGUAGCUGAAGCAAUGAUGCCCUUAAUCUACGCUCCUAUGUAUACCACCGUGUAUACGAGUACCAUCAAGACCUUCCCUGGAGCAUUCUUCCUUCUUGGUGGAGCACUUACUAUGCCAGCUGUUCUUAUAUUUUUGUGGUUGUACCUGGCCAACAAGAAACACAUUCAAGCCAACCUUGACAAUGAAGCUAAACUAAGAGCUGAUGCAGAGAAGGUUGGUAUAGAAAACAAAGCCUACGAGACUGAUGAAACGGAGAAAAAAGACAAUGUCAACACAACAGAAGAAAAAGAAGAAACAGUUCUACAAUCACAAAUAGAAAUGGGAUUUAUUGAAAGUAUUGUAAACAAUAGCAAAGUACAACACUAAGAUAAGACAGAUGCUGUUACGGAUAAAAUAAAUAAAAUUAUGAAUUUAAUGAAACUUAAUAGAAAUUAUCAAGUGGGAGAUUAUUUUGUGGAAGAGGCAAUAGCAGAUUAGUUUUAAGAAUGAAUGUAUUCCAAUGCACAAGAUAGAUUUGUGAAAUACCCGUACUUUCUAUUUAUAGAGGUUCAUAUACUUAGACUUCCUAGAACUAUUCAUUAAAUUCAUUACACGUAAAUAAUGUUGUUUAUUAAAAAACUAAUUUUAUAGUAACUGUGAUGAUUAACAUAAAGAAAAAUGUGGAAUUUUCUUAUGUCGGACCUUUUUUUAUGACGGGAGGAAAGCUUCAAAAGGCGCCUUGCUUUUUGGGGAUAAAAGAAGACUAGAGAGUGUGGGAUUUUUACCUCACUAAAAGCACCCCGGUGGCCAUCCUCUGCACCUGUAAGGGACAAAUAGACCUGUUUCGGAGUCUUAGUGUCAGACCUAGUGCUAAAUGAUUGCAUUACUAGAUAGCUAUUGUUCGUUUCUAGCGCUCUUAUACAUAUUAGUACAAAUGACUAAAUUCUGAAUAUAUUUUAUUAAACAUAUUUCAAUGUUCCUUCAUAAAUGUAACGACUAUUUGUUUAGACGCUGAAUCAGUUUCUUCAUCACUUAAUAGGACUUCUUCCGCAAUAAUUUUACGAUGACGUUUAAAGAUUACUGACGAGAAUUUUAAUUAAGUGAAGCCAUCUUACUCUUGUCGUUUCUAUUCUCUUGGUACCUAUUGAAUACGAGAAAAAAGAUAAGAGUUCAUAUAGAAAAUUGGAAUAUUUCGAUAGAAUAAUGAAAAAAAUAUAGUGAUGUGUUUGUGAUAUUGAUAAAAAAAUUAAAUAAAAGGCUGGUCCCAAAUUUAUCCUCCUAAUCUAAAAUGUUGAAUGAUGAAUUAAUCAAUGUUUUUUUUUUCUAAAUGAAAAUAUUAAUUGUGAUCUUUAAUUUUUAUAAUGACUUUAGACAAGAGCCAUAUUUGACACUUCAGUUUCCUUCUCAUUUUUUAAAAGAACCAGAUAAUUUAACUGACAUACAUUUAAAAGAUGACGAAUAUAAAAUUGUUGACAGUUCAUAUUUAAUUUAGAUCUAUUUUAAAUCAGAUUUUAUGUUGGAUAAAUUGGAAGUUUUGUAAUGUAUGGUACAAAUAAUUUAAAGUCCCUUUUAUAAGUAAAAUAAUUAGUUACUUUUAACGGCAGGAAAUUGCUUUGCGAAAUUGAUCAGGCUACUACACUAUACAUUGAUCACUCAUACUUACAGCAGUGAUGUUAUUGGAGAUCUAAUUUCGUUCUAAUUCGAAGUGACCUAAAGAUUAAAAUUAAAAACAGUUUGUUUUGUUGUAUUUCUGAAAUGAUAUAAAUAAAUAUGUCCCGUAACUUACCAAAAAGACGAAAGGUGUUUUAUAUGUUUUUUAAUUUUCAUGUUUUCUUUCUUUUUGUCUUAUUUCACUUUGAAAAUAAAUUUAUCGUGAGGCUGGCAGUUAUUUUCCAAGUAGGUACCUUUGUAAGAUGAAAAUUAUGUAUUGUUUGUAGAAAGAAAAACUCGCAAGACGAAAGUUUUGCAAACCCAAUGAAGUGAUAUAUUUUAGUGUAGGUAUUUAGUUAUAAGUUAAUUGUACGUAGUUGUUAUCGUUAUUAAUAUUGUGUGAGUACUUAUUCAAUGAAAAAUAAAUAAAUAUUUUUAAAUUUUAA